UCGUUCUUGACCUGUUGGCCGCUACAGUUCUCUAGCUCUUUAACUUCACCUCUAUCAAGCUUUCUAUACAGUACAGUAACAAAGACAAUGGCUGUAAAUCCACAAGCUUUCGAGCAGUUCACUCUGAGACAAAUUCGCAUCACUGAGAAUGAGUUUGGACAUGGCUCCUACGCUGUUGUCAUGGAGCUAGAGUAUCGAGGACUGAAAUGUGCCGGCAAGAAGCUUUACCGAGUUCUCUACGAGACUGGAAUCGGGCAUGCAGCACGAAGGUAUCUGGAGGAGUGUCACCUGCUCAGUCAAACUAGGCACCCCAACAUUGUCCAGUUUCUGGGAGUCUGUUUUGAGGAAGGCUCUCAGUUCCCCAUCCUAGUCAUGGAGUUCCUCCCCACCAACUUGACCAGCUGUCUCGAGCGCUACGGUAUUCUCCCCGAUGAGAUCAACUUCUCCAUCCUCCAUGACGUCUCACUGGGCCUGGUCUACCUCCAUGGCCAAACACCAGUUAUUGUGCACAGAGACCUCUCAGCCAACAAUGUCCUCUUGUCCACCAACAUGACAGCCAAGAUAUCCGAUCUGGGGGUUGCUCGAAUAUUGAGCCUCACCCCCCUUCAAGUGAGUCGAAUGACGGAGACCCCUGGCACCCCAGCGUACAUGCCCCCCGAAGUGAUGGUUGCCAACCCCCACUACAACACCAGUGUGGAUGUGUUCUCCUUUGGGAUCAUGAUGAUUCACACUUUCACAGCAGAGUGGCCACUACCAAGUAUCGGCCCCACCAGAAUCGAUCCUGCUAAUCCUGACAGACUGAUACCAGUAACGGAAGCUGAACGACGUGAAGAGUUUCUUCGAAAGAUUUCCCCAGACCACCCUCUGAUGGACCUCAUCAUGCGCUGUCUCAGCAACAACCCUCAGCGAAGGCCUAGAGCAGCGGAGAUAGUGGGUCGGAUGGUGGGUGUGGUACUUGAACACCCUCCCUCCUUUGAGAACAGAGUGGAGAUGCUCCAGCGAGUGAGUGCCCUACUGACAGAGAAGAGGGAGCUUGAGGAGGAGGUUGUGAGGAAGGACUCAGCUAUCCAGGAGAAAGCAGGAGAGAACGAGGCACUGGCGGAGGAGAAAAGACGACAAGAUGAAGAAAGUGAAAACACUGUCGAGCGUAUGCAGUUGGUGCACUCUGUGGAAAUGAAUCAACUUGUAACUGAACAUAGUGUAGAGAUAGAGGAUCUCAGAGUUGAAUUGGAGCAACAAAUUGCAUACAAAGAUUCCAUGCUUGCCUCCAAGAAUACUUCCCUUCAGAAGAAUAAAACCACCAUUCAGAGUUUAAACGAUCAGCUCACCAAAACCAGAGACUACCUGACCAGCAAACCACAGUCCCUGCAGGUCCAGUUGUCCUACAGUCAGUGCUCUGAGGCUCCAGUUAUGUAUUGUGGACACGCGGUAACCAUCAAUGGCAAGGUCUACUAUAGUGGAGGAGCCUGUGAUGACGAUGAGGAUGACGAGUACCGUGUCCACUGUUACGAUCCGCCACAAGACGUCUGGUCAACUAUGCCCAUACUUCCCGUACGCUAUUUUGGUCUAGGAGAGGUCAAAGGUGAACUGGUAGCAGUUGGUGGUAGGGAUUCUUCCGACUCUAGAUCUAACGUGGUACAUGUGUUUAACGAAGGAAGGAACUGGAAACGGACGAUCCCACCCAUGCCCACAGCAAAGAGUUCACCAGCAGUUGUUAGUCUCCAAACACAUCUGGUCGUAGCAGGAGGUCUGUUGGUCUCUGGUGGCUACACUGAUAAUGUUGAGAUCUACAAUAUCAGCACCUCCCAGUGGAGCGAGAUAGACAGACUACCGUAUGCUUGUGCUUUUCAAAGAGGAAUUGUCUACAACAACACAGUGUACCUAAUGGGGGGAUUUGACCGCAAGAAUCUCAACAAGGUAUUAGCUGCUCAAGUCGACAAGCUCAUCUCAGCAGACCGACAGGAGGAUGGGAGUGCCAACAAAGCCGACUCUGUCUGGAAUACAAUAUCCAACACACCGUCUUGCCGGCCCUCCCCUGUAACGAUAUCUGACACCCUCUGUGCUGUUGGUGGAGUGGAUAGUGAAUAUAAAGCCACUCAAAGGAUCUACGCCUACUCAUCCUCGAUGGACUCCUGGCUCUAUGUUGGUGAUCUACCAUCUCCUAUAGCAUUAGCUGCCACUGUGUCACUGUCUCUAACAGAGUGCUUUGUGAUUGGGGGGUGGAACAAAGAAGGACAAUCAACUUUGUAUAAAAUUAGAAUCACAGCAAAUAUUUCUUGAGUGUUUCGGUAUAUUUUUAUACGGCUUAAAUUUUCAUGAUAAUAAUUGUUUUC